UAUCUUGUGUCUAAGAAUGCGGUGAAUUGGAACGAUGCUGAAAUGGAUGCUCUGACUGCCGCAUCGUCUGCGCAACUAGAAUCAUCAGGACAAGUAGAGAACGCCUUGUUUGUUGCUCUCUUUACAAACUCGCCGACAGCGUAAACUUUCUUUCAUCUUCACAAGCGCUAACAUUAGUCGACGCGUCCAGGUAAUGCGACUCCUGACGAGACUGGCAUCAAAGCUCGAGGCUUCUGCCGAGGCACGACUGCAAACUGUGAUGCAGAUUCCCCGGGAGUGGUUCUUUGAAGCAAAGGCGCUCCGGGCACGCCACGAACAGAGAUUCUGUGACGAAGCCCAUUUUUUACUUAUCGCAGGGCUUUCGAUUGAUGCCCAUGAAACGCUGGUCCGUCACGUCGGACCUGAUUGCAUCAUUUCCGGAGAUCUCGAGCCACUCGCAAAAGUUCUCAGAGCCUUUACAUCUGUCGAUAACAUACCAAAUUGGUCGUUCGGUGGACGUGUCUAUCAAAACGCGAUCGCCCUGGUAGAGGGCCAAAAUACCGCUGGAAGUCAUGCUUUUGCAAAAGAAAUUGUGAAGACUUUGCCAUCCAUGUCGACUUCGAGUUUCAAGCAAAAGGUGGCGAUCAACGAAAUUGGUUCAAUGUGCUUACAGGUGCUGCCAUCGGCAGAGAACUUGCGACCCAAGUUCAAGCUUGCCAGUCAUGACGCUUUCUCCGUCAAGGCUCACAGCGCGUUGCAGGCUUUUCGAUCGCUUGCAGCAUGACCUAUAAUCAAGUGCACAAAAAAGAUGUUUUGCAAGUAGAAUUGAAGAAGCAACAUGCUCUUGCCUAAGAUGCGCAUUGAGCAGGCCUUAUUUACAGCCGUGUCGCGCAUUUACAAGAUCGAGUGCCUCGAGCCAGACCGCUUGACGAAAUCGCGUACGCGUCCUUUGCAAUGUGGGCCAGGCAAUAUGUAUUGACGGCCUACGAUUCUCAUGAAAGAUCAUCCAUCAUGAAAGACAGAAACUUGUCUUUACUCAGCUUUCGCUUCUGUCCUUGCUGCUGUCGAUGAGCGUCAGCCAUCAAAGUCCUUGGAUUGUAGUUCUGGGCGAUGUGCCUAACUCUGCAAAUCCAAACAAAGAAUCAGAAUGCAACCGUUGAAGCUAGCCAGCAGAAGACUGUGCUUUUCUAGAGCGCUGGGUUUAGAAAAGGCAGCAAGAUAUAGCAUGUACGAUAGCUCUUUACCUUAUUUGUUAAAAGAAGACCCCAAAA